AGAUCCCUGUAAGUAAAAAGCAACAUCUACGUCAAUAUUAACAGCGUAUGAUUCAUUCCCUUUCUUCAACAGGAUCACGGCCAAAAUAAUGAAAAAUCAGUAUCUAAAUCAGCGAGGCAAGCGAUUCAUGGUAAAAAGCUGUCACCUCAGGAACAAACAUGACUAAUUCUGAUCCACAACGACCGCUUUUUUGAUGUGAUUCUUUUUCUCUUGAUCAAUAAGAAUGGCAGACGAAGGUCUCGAAGUUGAAUUCGAGGGAGACGAGGGGCCCCGCGCUCCGGCCUCUGGUUCUCCCAAUACUUCUAGUGCACCACUGACUGGUACUGCUGGUACCGGUGCCGCAGGAGGUGCAGCAAGCGACGACAAGCCCACUGAGGGAGCAUCACCAGGAGAAGGUGGUGCAAAUGGAAGCGCGGCCGAGGGUGCACCAGCAGGUGGAGGUGGUAGGACGAGUCUUGGUGGAGCUAACAAGGUUGCGUCUGGCAGUACUACAGCAGCUGCUCAAAACCAAGAAACUGCAACUUCUGACACCUCUGCUCCUUCAAGUGCCUCUACCAGCGGCUGGACGACCUUGUUCGUAACCGGCAUAGACCCAGACGAAGACGAGGAUAUAUGGAAGGGCAAAGUCAGUGGCUAUGGAGGCGUAUCCAGUGAUGAAAUUAAGGUGUUGAAUUUUCCAGAAGGUGAGGAAGAUACAGAUAAAGAAUGCACUUUGAGUUUCCCAACGCCUGAAGCAGCAGAAAAAUGCAAAACCGUAUUGGAGAACAAAGGAUUGAGGAUAAGGUAUUGUUCUAUAAUUACCAUACGCAUACGAGUUGAAGAUGAAGAAAAGGAUUUGAAGAAACUGAAUUAGGAAUCAACUAGCUUUGACAAUUAUGAAUCAAGAUCAACUAUGACUAGACACUUGGACUUGCACUUCCUUCUUAUCAUUCUGAUUACAGGCUAGCAUCUGGCCCACCAACUGGCGGGACCACUGUGGUUAAGCGAAGCGGCGGCAGUCGUAUCGAUCAGCCUUUAGAUAACCUGGUGCAGGAAUCAAAGCGAAGAAGGCCAAACGAAUACGAGUAUGGCAAUGGAGCUGGCAAAGGUGGAAAUGGAAAAACCGGCGCCUGGAGUGGAGCUGGCGGAUACAGCAAUAACGCUCCUUAUGGUCAGCAGCAGUGGGGGCACCAGGGUAAUUAUCAACAACCAGCAUGGGGCCAGGCACCUGGAGGAGGCGGUUAUGGACCUGUGUAUAGCAAAAGUGGCGCAGCAGCGGAGGGACCUUAUGAUAUGGGUAGCUACAACUUACUUACUUGCGAUGCAGCAGAAGAUUUCAACUGGCAAAUUUGCUUUCUACAACAAAGAAACUUUUCCUGCAUUUUUUAUUCUCAGAAUCUUUUCUCAAAAUGAAAAUCCCUUCUCUAUAGGUAAAAAAGGAAAAGGCAAGGACGGCAAAAAGGGAAAAUCAAAAGAGCCGGCUUACCUAGAUCCAAACCUACCGCAGUGGCUGGCCAUGAAAAAGUACUAGAAGACGAAAUUUAUUGAACACCCUGUUGUUUGACAAGUAGUAACAGUGUCUACUCGUAGUUCCACCAGCAGAAUGCACAUGCAUAACACAUAAUUCUUAUUCUUGUUGUUGUUUCCCAAAAGCGAUCAGUUUUAGUCUGGCUUUUUGAAACUACAUCAACACGAAUACACCACAGCUACGGCAGCGAAGUUGAUAUUCAGAAGGGGAAGAACGCAGCUUUGCGUAAAGGUCGUGAGCAAUUUUACGAAGGCAAGCGUGGUGACAAAGGUUUGACUCAACAGGAUGGCAAGGGUGCUUCUCCUGCUCUCGGUCCUUCUAAGAAGCGACCCGACUAUGUUGAUGCAGCAGCAGCUAUACCGCAGAAUCACGUCGAUCCAGAAAGUGGCGCAGAAAUCAAGCGAGCUAGCAACAAAGCUGCAUUGUAUGCUUUACCGGAAGAGCCAGUCAGCAAGUGGCACCCCGACUUGCCACUAGACAAGCAGCUAGUGGACUACCUGAAUAUGAAGCGUCAUGGAAACUUGAAUAGGUACAACUACUUGCUGUUCUUUGUCUAAUAUCUCAGAAUCAAAUGUGCUUGCCGACCCAUGGAUGUUCGACGCUAUCUCAUUUGCAUGUUGCUACAGCAAAGCUGAUCGAAUUGGAAUUUCGAACACUCAUAAUUUCUGAAGAAUGAAGAAGACACGUCGCUCUACUUCAUCAUCAACCCUUAGGGCAGUCUGCACUGAACUUUGUGCGAGAUUAAUUGUAUUGCGUCGUAUUGUAUUGUAUCAGUCUAUCCCCAGGUAUCUCGUCAUCUCCGGUCUCCCAGAUCGAAUGAUGAACUGUAAGACUAUUCGAUCUGAGUUUGACUGGAUUUUGGCGGAUGGCGCGUCUGCAGUUUUAUCCAUAGAAUUGCACACGAUGAUGUCGAAAGAUGUAGCACACCUUAGUAUGCGCGAUCUCCAGUCUGCUCAGCAAUUGAAGGCCUUUUGCGACGAAAAAGCACUACAAGGGCAAACUGCGGGUCUAGGUGGCUUGAACUCCAUAUUUGCAAGUGUCCGGGUGGCGCAUGCAGCACCGAGGAAAGCGGGACGUACUUAUUCAUGAAUGCCGCUUGUUUUCCUGUAUCUUGUAAUAGUUGCAUUAUACUGGAUUUUCCGCUAUUGAUCAAUAACAUCGGAAAGUCAUAAGCUACAUCCUCGGUGAACAUCCUAUCGCAUCAACAUGAUUUUCUUCGCUCCACAGAUACACUCUGGCUCGGCAACCUUCCUGUCGACUAUAGCGAUACCCCUUGGUUUCUCGGACCGCUGCGCAAAUUGCUUGAACGAUUUGGCCCUCUAGCACCACAGGCUGAGAAGAAAGAAAAGCGACCUUGGUGGGAAACCGAGGAGGACGAGGCUGAACGCUUGGCGCAAGAGAAGGAGGCUGAACGCUUGGCACAAGAAGAGAAAGCGGCCGGAACAGCUAGCCCAGGUGUCAAGAAGGUUGUUCUCACUGCAGCAAAAGACAUCCGCAACAGAUUAAGUCCUGUGAAGGAGCCAGAGCCAAUGCCUGACGAGAAGAAGACUGGAUCAGAAGAAGCAGGCGCGGAUAAAAAAGAAGGGGAGAAAAACGAAGAUGGUGGUCACGCUGGGGAGAAAAAAGAGGGAGAAGAUAAGGAAAAGAAAACUGAAGAAGGUGAAGGUGAGAAGAAAAGUGAUGCAGCAGAAAAGAUGAAGGAGGCUACAGCAUCAGCAGAUGCAGAGAAAAAGCCUGAGGAAGCACAAAAAACUGAAGAUGGAAAGCCAGCAGAAACAGCCAAGGUUCCGGAGAAGGACGGUGAAGCUGAAAAGGCUAAGACAGAGACCGAAAAAGCAGAAGGUGCGGAUGCAUCGGUUGAUGCGGCUAAGGCCGAGGGUGCUGCUACCGAAGAAAAACCUAGUCCAGCACAACCGCCAAAGCCUCCAGUCUACGUGUCCUACGUGCCGUUGAAGAACUGCUGCUUCGGUACUGACUUGAUACUUGUUUCAUACUGAUCAUGUACAGAACGAAGAGGAACAUAACCAUUAUGGAAAACACAACAUGUACAACUACUUACCUCGCGCUAGGCACAUUCAUUCAUUCAUUCAUUCAUACCACCAGCACCAUCAACACCAGCAACUGGUGCACAAUAUAAGUCCUCAGAUCGACAAAAAUCAUUAAACUCAAACAUCACAUCAGUGACUUUCGUGAACGUGGCGGACGCCGUCAAGGCCCGUAAUCACAUCUACGCGCUCGCCUUGCCAUCACAACAUGGUAUUUGCUACCUCAACGUCGAUUUCGUUGAGGAGGAGGACAACGAAGAGGUCGAAGCUACGACAAGUGUAACCGCAAGUGUACUUCUCAAUGGUACCACGAGCACCUCCAUGGUUGGAAGUAGCAAGGUCGUCUUGCCUCUGGGCCAGGCUCCCGGCAGCGUCCUAGGCGGUCUAGGUGGACAGCAACAUCUAGUCACAGCCGGUCUCGGUGGUGCAAGUCUCGCUGGCGCAGCAGCGGGAUCGGUGGCAGGCAGCGCCAGUUUGGUAUUUGCUAAUGGCAGCGUUGCAGGAGAGAGCAUCGUGGAGACGAGAAGGAAACGAAGCCGAACACCCAAAAGGUAAGAUUCUUUACAACUAGUGUAGAUUCUAAUGCCUAGUUGUAACUACAUGAACUCAACCUCCAUGAGCUGCAUGAGCAUUUCGAUUUCGACUUCAGUUCUUUUUCCUCGUCAAAGAUGAAUCUACGUUCAUUGUAUGACAUUGACAUUCCCCUCUCCACGACAGGCGCGACAAAACCGGAGUUAGCAAGCGAGAUGCAAAGGAGGCUCGCGAAGAACGCAGGGCUCGUGGCGAUAAGAAAGACCGCGUCAAAGGAGAAAAGAAAGCGAAGGACGGCCUCGCGAAGACAUCAAGUAAAGCUGAAAAAGAUAGACGUGACCGCACUAAGGAUGGCAAGGAAAGAGACACAGAUGUUGGAAAGAAAGUGGAUACUAGUGCCAAAGUAGUAGUAGUAGAUGCUAGUGCAGCUGCUAGCAAACAAGAUCCUUCUAGUUCUACAUCAGCAGGAGCUAAGGAUGCCAAGCAAGCGGCCGCAGAAGGAGCAGCACCAGUAUCAGGAUCGGACUCUGCAGCAGCGAGCGGUGCUCAACCUACUUCGACGACCUUGUCACUCUACAAGAUGUCUGAGUUCUGCUGUAAAGUGAAAGCGACGCUGGUCCAAGGAUCAUCGACGAAGGUCAACUUUGAAACGAAAAAAAUGGAGAUUGAUCAGCGAACCAAGUUGGAGCAUCUGGUGACGCAUCAAGGGAAGCAUACAGCGAAGUACUCCAUCUUUAGCGUGCGAGCAAAGGAUCGCGCAGAUAUUCCGGCAUUCAACGAUUUGGUAACCUACUUCUCGGAGAGGAACAGGGUACCUUUUACAAAUACUUCGAUCAUGUCUAAUAAUAUCCUUGUGGUCAACAUGAUCAUGAUCAUUUUUUGCAUUUUAUAAUAUCCUUGUGGUCAUGAUCAUGAUCAUUUUUUGCAUUUUAUUUCCAUCUGUUAUUUUUUCUUACUCAGCCUCAUCUGAAGUAGACCUCUGUUUCAAGAACCUUUAUUUAUGUGUCUCUCUCUUACUCUCACAUGAUUCCUGCCCAGGAACAAUGUAUACUUUUUCUCCCAAGAACAUCUACAUCGCUACAGGUCGGUCUCGUCCAAGGCACCAAGAGUCACUUUUACCUUGUUCCGGCAAAGAAUGACAAAUUCUUGGAUAAGUUGCCCUUCUUGGACGACGCUUCAAGAGCUGAAGCAUCAGAGUCGGCGUUUUUGCUUAUUCAGCUACCUGCCAAACCGAAAGCGGGUGAUGCGGGCGCCGGAGCAUAAUGUGAAGCGCAUGGAACGGGCGAAUAAGUACUUAUGAUCACGUCGGACAAGCCGCUGCUUCCCCCAAGCGGUGGUUGAACUAGAAGAUGAGAAAUAUCUUGUCGCCAUCGCUCGGCUUCAGAAGACUGGAACGCGCAGAGAAUUCAUCUUGUUGUUCCUGUUGUAAAAUCUAAAGCUUAAGAUUUAUGAUUGGAUCAAUAACCAACAACUUUAAUCUUACGCGUGUUUCCAUGCUGUGUCCCCUGUAUGAUCCAUGUUCUUCUACUAGUCGUAUUUUUUGCGUGCCUUCGAGCAUGGAAUCAAGUAGGAGAAGACGAAAUUCCAUCUAAAGAAGUCACAGCACCUUGUGAUGUGUGAGGACAGACGAUUACUAAGGUUAGAAUUAACAUUAUCUUCAGUAAAAAAAUUAGAAUAAAUAUAAGGAUUAUAUGAUUGUGAUUAUUCAUGAUCUUGGUCAAUAAUACGAUUAGGGUAUUGGAGAGAGACGGAAUUCUCUCUGCCAACAUGGUGGCAUUUCCUGCGAAGAAUGCCGUCUCCUCCAAGAUGAGAAUCCACACGAAGAACUAGCUCCUAGACAACUAGGAGUCGUAUCAUAUGAAGAAUGUCAUUCAUAUUUCAUUUCCUCUCCCCAAUGGAUUUGAUGGAAGCUGUCUCCCCUCAUGUUGACUAUGGCCGCCUCAUAAUGUUGGCUACAUGUGAAGCGCAACUUCAUGAUGAUGUAGCUUCAUGAUGACUUUUUUUUUCGAAAUCGAUCAUGGUCAUACUAACGACUACGCAGGAGCUGUCACAACCACCCAGGAGUUGUCACAACUGCUGGACAAGGACAU